AUGCGUUCCAACGAAGUUCUUGAAAAAGGGAAAGUCAUCGCACAACUCAAUCAUCAGAAAAUCCGUAAUCGUGUCAUGCCGGUUGCUGUGGACUUUGAUCAACUGAUCGGAGAACCUCGGCGUGUACCGGGCAUUGGUUGGGCGGUCCCAUGUGAUGUUGUGGGACUGGACAGCAAGAAAGCAAAAUCGGUGAAGGUUCGUUUUCAUCCAUCACUUGCGGAACUGAGUCGUGUGGACCGUUCAAUAGCGAAUGCCGCACUCAGAGAUGCCUUGAAGUAUCUGGACGCAUUACUGGAAAAUGGCGAAUGGACACGGCACACUGUAAAAACCGUUGAUUUGCGUAUUGGUCAUCUCGAUCGCAUAGCUCAUUUCCUAACAUUGCGACAUCCUACUCUGGUAGUAACUCACCGAAGUCUGGAUCUUAUGUGGUCUCUUCACUCGGAGUUCCCUCAAACUGGUAGCACUACCAAGUUGGAGAAGUAUGUUACGGAAGCCCGCUGCUCGUUGCAUAACCACUCCGUUGCUACUGGUGUAGUGGCGAAAGUUGAAAAGACGGCUGGUGAAGAUGGUCAAGAAGUAGAAGUAUUAUUCGAAAAGCCCGGUCUAGUGCGACCUAUCCUCCGAUUGUCCCUUCAGAAGGAUCCGUCAUACUUGCAAACUGGAGUGAUACGACAAUGUUGGAAGCUGACUAACAAUGACAACAGUCUUUGUGUAACCCUUCCUCGAGCUGCACAACAAGCGGAAAGCAUUCCAUUAGUCGUUCCUCAAAGCGUGAAGCUGGUUGUCAUGGAGCACCAGAAGGAGGUUCCUAUUAUGAUGGAAGAGUGUCAACUGCGUGUCGACGACCUUCGUCGUCGUUUAGACGAAUCGCUGACGGCGUUCCAACGGUCGUCGACUCGUCGUGACGCGAAACCGCGUGCGCUUCAUAUCGUGCGGCAGAACAACAUGGAGACUCUGAUUGAGAUCAGCAACCCUGGAGAACGUGCACGUUUUGAUCGUUUGAUGGCGUCAUCACCUCUGAAUGUGAUUUGCUGCAAUGGCGCUGCUCCAGCUGUCGCCACUAGUCCAGCAGAUUCGACUGAUUCGGGCGUAGCGGUGUCACCAUUAUCAUCUCCUGUUAGCGGUACCAAACAUUCGCCAUUCUAUCAGUACUCGGAACAAAGUCGUAUCGGGAUGAGACAACGUUCGGCAAGUGAAUGCGUGGAUUGGGACGGCGUUGUGCUAAAAAGUAUUCUGAAAAAACCCCAGCGUACAGAUCGGAUGUCGAGAUCCAUCUCGGAAUCUCAUCACUUCACAUCGGAUUCGAUGCAUCUUUCGCUGCUGAUGGAGUCGACAACGGAAGUUGACGAAAGCGAUGCACAUACCGAUCACGAGAGCCAUAUGGUCGUGGAACGAAAGAAACGUGUCUCGUUCAGUGAAAAAGUGCAGGAACGUCGUUUCCGCGUGGGACAGUGUAUUCUAACGGCUGCGAAGAAAAAUGAAAGAAAACGAGCUUACAAGAAACGCAAAGAGGAAAGGCAACGCAGUCUUAGUGAAGAUGAGCAGAAUUGCGAAACGAAAGAGAACUCAACCUCCUCUGUUGAUGUUGACGCUGAAGAAAAACCUGGUAUUCGGUCGGAACGCCAAGAUAGCGGUUUUGUUGACGGUGAUGAGAACGACUACGAAGACGAAGAGAAAGAGAAAAUCCCAACCAAUGAAGCACUGAUUAAUCCGGAAGAGCGUUGGAAGAAUAUUGUACGUCAACAAAGAGAAGCGGUUCUGUUGGUACUCAGCAUCGUAUUAAUCCUCUUUAUUUUCCGAGGCCUGAAUUGGAUCCUAAAAUUCGCCACCAUAGAGUGGGGAAGCGAGAUCCCGACCGUUGGUGGCGAUAAAUUCACUUCGAUAGAGCUCAACUUCGGUAUCGUCAAGUUGAUGAUCUUGCUAGCAUUGCUCAUCAGUCUAUGGUAUCCUAUAAUACGAGAUUGUGAGGACCACAUCGAGGGAGUGUUUGAGGAAAAGUAUUUUUUCAUUGCUCAGCUAUUCGAUUCCUAUAUGACAGGUCUUUUCUAUUGUAUCUAUCCAUUGUUUCUUUUAAUGGUGGAUAUCAAUCGGAUGCGGUAUAUGGCGAUGCGAUUCAUUAUUUGCCGAACAGCUCACACCUGUAUAUCGCUAGUUACUGCGCUUUUCGCCUUGGUUCCAUUGGCAUUGUUUACCUACCAAAGUUUCCAUCUAAACAGCGUAGCAUACUUUAUCUACAUUGUUAUUGUGUUGGCUCAAGAAGGUGUACAAUUCAUGUUCACCCAAAGGAAUAAUCCUGGAGGUGAUGACAACACUAUGAAUUCGCCUGAGCAGCAGAUCUUCAAUGAGAGCAUCAGAGAACAAAUAGAAACUGCUAAAUCAAAUACUAUCGUAGAAAAAGAAGAAGUUCUACGUAUUACCCCAAGGCCUUUCAUUAUCGACAAUUCUGGAGAAGGCGUUUUGUCGUUAGAAAAUUUAGAUCCUUGUGAAUGGAUUACUGUAAGAUCUCCGUUCGUCUUCGAAAUGAUGUCGAGAUUGAAUUAA